AGUCGCGAACUUUCUGAAAGUCUAGCAAUAUACUUGCAAGUUUUCAGGUACCACACUACUAACUUACAUUCUUCCAAAGAGAUAUAAUUGUCUAGUACGAACCAACAUCAAGAACAGUCAAAUUACUUUCGUCGUCGAAACAACUACAAGCCCUCUUCUCGUUUCUGCAUCCAGUCGAAUUAAGUCGCUGGUUCUCACGCGGUACUGCGUAAAAGGAAGAUUAGAAAUCAAAGUAGUAGCAGCAAGGACGCCUCGAUCUCCAACAAGAAGAACACGACUCAGGAGCUUCAUCUUCAACGGAACCAAAACAUCUUACAUCUCUUCUUCUAUCGACGAAAACUAGUUUGCCAGCAUAAGUGCGAAGAUGUCCGAGCUUCACGUGAAUGGAGUGCCAGGACCGGACGUCCAUGUGGAUGCACUCCAGCACGCCAACAGCAAGGAUAACCCUCUCGCGCAUCUGGAGCAAAUCUGCUGCCUCAUCGACCAGCGCGGUGCAGAGUUUGAAGGCGGCUACCUGCCGGAUACUGAGAAGACCUACAAUCUCUUGUACGAUCCUCGUCGCUUUAUGCCGUCUUGUAACGAGUACGAUGAUGUUGGCACAUUCUUACGGCUUGGUUGCGUAACAAUUUCUGUCCUGCUUCUGUAUUAGCGAUAGCGCCCAUCAGCAUCAUUUUCUUAUGCAGAUAAGUGCUUCGCUGUUGGUAGUAUUAGGUACUCCUAUCCCAUUCCCACUUGCACUCCCGCCUCUAAACCUUCCGACCUUGGCGAAAGUCCAGCAUUUGCGCAAGGCCGUGAAUCUCAAGGAAGUGGCGUGCCAAAUGCGGUAAAGACAGUCAUAAUUAUCGUUUUUUAUUUGUGAUGUGUCACUCUUUUGAUGAGUAAGCAAGUGGUUGUCUUCAUGGCUCGUAAGUGCAUCUGAUGGCGAUUUUUGUAAGUAGAUGCCCUUCUUCAUCGACAAGCAUAUCCUACUGCACCUCCUCGUCCUUCCGUGGCCAGGUAUGACGAAGAGGCGAAGUCUUUUACCAACAGUGCUGCUGCGUGGGCGUGGAUGUGGGACGUGGUCGAGUCCGAGGAGAAGAUGCCUUGUUCUUUAUGGGCGCCGAAACGUGUCCUCAGAGGUGAUUUGUUUACGAGAGUCGGACAGACAGACGCACUGGGCAACUAUCAGACGCUCACUCCUCCGAGUACUACUUGUUUACUUAUUUGUCUUCUGUAUCUUUGUAGUCUAGCUCGAGCUCGAAGCUCUAGAAGGUUGUCUUGGUUCUCUAGUGCUUCUCUUUGUAAAGCUUAUCUUUCUCAACCGACAAGUGGCUCAUCUUCCACGAUUUCUUUUCUUCAUCUCCGCCCCAGUUCGCGUGUUGUGCCGUUUGUAUAUGGCAGAAGAGGAAGCCAUUACUCAGGCAAAAGGAGUGCAGUUUGUCUCCUCGAGAGACGUGGGAAAGAGCAUUCAGCAGAAGAUCUCUUUUGCUCUUCCCGGUCGCCGUAUUACGGAAACGAAUGCGCACCGCUUUGCGAAGUACUUACUAGCACAAGUGUGAGAAUGGGUUUGAGCAUGAUCAUUUAGUCCAAUUAUUGUGUCGCUCUUGUGCUUAUGGUUUGAUGGAUGACGGAUCGCGAGUCUUCUUUCUUACUUAAGUAUGAUAUUCUCUGUCACAUCAAGUGCAAUAGAGAUUCACUCUUAUCUUCUCUUUUUACAGCUGCUGCAAGAACCUUUUUGAUAUCAAGCGAAAUGGUCACCUCGUGCCGCUUUACAUUAAGGCUGUUGCCAGUGCCAUUGGCGCAUCUUUAGCGUCGUCCUUGGCUUUUUUUGUCAGUACUUGGAAAUAGCUAUAGCGCCAAGGAUGCUCUGAGUCUGAAAGAUGCGACACGGCAGGCACCUCUAAAUCCAACUCAUUCACACGCGUGUACAAUCUAUAUGCAUUGUCGACCGAUUGCCCGCUGGUUAUGGGAAAUUGAGUAGUAAACUAUUAGUAGCAGAUUGAGGAACUACUGAAGCUGAUGCUUCCAUCCCCGACUUUAACAUCACCAGCCUCAAUCUCCAAACCCCCGCUUUCUAAUCUGUACGGAAUUACGGCCUUGGAUUCCUUGUUGUCGGAAGUCUCUCAGCCGACCCUGA